AUGACCAUUAACCAUCAGAAUAUUACCACCGAGGAGAUACGGAAUCUCUGUAGCAAGGAUUUGAUUCCUCCUAAUAGUGCGAACUUGAUUGACUCCAUUAUUAAUUACAAGUUAGACAAUUAUCUUACUGGAAGUACUCUCGGAAGACACCCAGGAGAGACGAGUAGCUAUACCAUUAAUGUCAGGAACAAUCAUUAUAGCAACAGCAGAGCCCACUGGAACAUCUACACAGAUGGCUCACGCAAUGAUAAGGGUACCGGUGCAGCCUUCGUCAUCUAUGAUAGUGAGAAUGAGAUUCAGCAUCAGCAAUAUUACCGGCUGCACAUGCAUUGUACUAACAACCAGGCAGAACUGCUAGCGGUUUAUAAAGCUCUAAGCACCAUCACUAAAAAUAGGAGGAUCUACGAUGGCAGCAUCUGUAUCAACACAGACAGUAUGUAUGUGAUUAAUGUCCUUUCGAACAAUAAUAAGUGCACAAGAACUGGCAUGGAGGUCAGACAUCUUGCCAGAAACCUCAGCAAAUUUGCUCAACUCAGUUUUACCUGGGUGCCUGGGCACACGGGUAAUAAAGACAAUGAGCACGCUGAUGCCCUUGCUAAAAAGGUCACCACAAUGGACAUCACCACCACUUUUUCUAAUAUUCCCAUCGUCCAUAUCAAGAACAACAUCAGGGACUGUAUAAUGGAGGGGUGGCAAAAGGAUUGGGCUACCUCAACCACUGGCAGAACCACCCACAAGUUUCUUCCGUCGAUUAAUAAAAGACAGGCUCUCAGCUACUUCACCAUUUCUCAUGCCAUCACGCAAUGCUUGACAGGUCAUGGUAACUUCUCCUCUUACCUUACAAGAUUCAAAAGGAUCAAUAAUGAUAGGUGCAGUUGUGAUGGCAUCUCUGAAGGAGACGCUCUCCAUUACAUCUUUCACUGUAUGCUGUACGAAAGAUGA